AUGUCUUGCCCCACUAGGACUACGGUCCACGGUAGAAGCCUCAGGUCCAAGCCGGACUGCCCCCUCAUCGCAUGUAGCGCGGGCUUCACGGAGCUCACUGGCUACUCUGUACAGGAGAUUGUGGGGCGAAACUGCCGCUUCCUACUCAAUGGCGUGCCCUCCAAUCUCAUCGAUGAGGCCACCCGAGUGAAGUGUCGGGCGUUCUGCAUGUCCUCUUCAGUUGGUGAGGAGUACACAGGUGCCCCUGACAACCUGCCUGACGGGCUACAGAAGCCGUGGGUCGAGCUGCCAAAGGGUGAAAUGAUCUGUGUGCAGACAAACGCCAGGAAGUCCGGCGAACUGUUCAGAAACAUGUUCUAUUUGAAGCAAGUGGAGCUGGACGAGAGCCAUUACAUUCUCGGUCUCCAGGCCGGACUACCUGAAGAGUUUGACUUAGAUGUCAGCCUCGGCGAUCUUGAAAAGCGGUGUCAGGUCGCCUUUUGCAAGCUCGAGGAGAACAUGACCCUCAUCGAACAGGCCCCUGCCAACAUUAUCAUCACCGGCCACGAUGUUACUGCGCCCACGCUAGUGCUGCAAGGCACGAUGGUAAGGUCCAUCAGUCCCGUCUUUUACAGCGCGAAGCUCGCCUACCUGAAAAUCGAAAAGUUCGAAGAGGCAGUCGCCAUGGUUGUGCACGUAGUUUUUGCAGCUGGCAUCCUCUCGACGGCUGCCCCCUGGUCAUCCGUGCUUCCAGAAGAUGCAGUGCUGGUUCCGGUUGAGUACCGGCCAUUCAGCAGGAGCCAGCCUGAGGCAUCGGUGGAUUUCGCAAGCACGGCAACGCUCAGGGUGCUCUCGCAAGCCUUGAACCUGUCCGCCACCAAUGUCUCCUAUGCAGUGGCCGGCCAUUCUGCUGGGGGGGCUGCUGUUUACCAAUCUAUGGAGCUCUUAGCUUUGUUGUCCACAGACCGAGAUCGCGGCUCCAAGGAGAUUUUAGACUUGGCUGCAAGCUCCCUGCCAGAGUCCGAAGUAGCGGAGCUGCGUGCUCGGCUGCAGUCAGCACCACCCAAGCCCUUACCUGUGGCGGCCUUUUCCUUCGAGGGCUCCUUGAUGCCCUGUGACGUCGACGGCUGGGCGGCAGACUGGGCACUAAGCCCAAAACCACUCGAGAGCGAAGACUGGAUUCUUCCGGCAAUGGAAGCCCCCAGCUCACAGUGGACCUGGUUCAUGGCCAGGGCCUGCUGUCGCUCUUUGAUGGAACGCUGUGCUGCAAGCCCGCCUGCCCACUUGCACAGCAUCACGCAAUUCAUGCAGCUUGCGGAGGGUCCUCGAUUCUUCUACGUGGCCGGAGCUCUGAGCAAGAAGCGGAACGACGUGGUUUUCCCUGCCUUGAAGCACGCUGCAGCUGCCACUCCCAAACGUCUGGAAAUCAAGGAGAUUCCCCACGCUGGCCACAACAUGAUGCAUGAUCAGCCAGAAGCAGUCAAGCAGAUCUUCCGUGAGGCUUUUGAAUUGCCACACGCUUAA